CCUCAACUGUGUAAAUUGGUCAGACAAAGCUGGUUUCCCAUUUGAAUUCUUUUUCAAAUAGGGAACACAGGCUCUGAAAACUGUUUAUGAAGACUCGUCAUGGCCCGUCAAAUUACCCAAGUCCUCACCGAGAAGAUCUACGAGACGAUCGCUGCUGUCUACAGUCUGACGAUGCUUGCGACCAUAAUCACCAAUAGCAUUGUGAUCCUUACCUUCUACAAAGUUCGCUGUCUUCUUACUCCUUCGAGCUUACCAGUACUUAGCCUGGCACUAGCAGACCUGGUAUUAGCUUUAACUGUAAUGCCAUUUGGAAUUGUCGCCAAUGCUAAUAUGAUCUGGUUAAUGGGCGAUGUCGGUUGUAACUGGUACGCGUAUGGUCACACUGUUGUUGGCCUUUCUUCUAUCCUGCACCAUGCUGUCAUUGCUGUAGAGGCCACCAGAAAAAUUGUGCGAGGAAUACGACACGCUGGAGCUCGAAAGCGUGAAAUGAUCACCACUAUUGUUGUUGUCUGGGCUGUUGUGCUUGUUUGGGGAACAAUGCCUCUGAUUGGCUGGUCAUCCUAUGGACCAGAAGGCAGUGGAGCUGUGUGUUCAAUCAAAUGGAAAUCCACUGAUUCAACUGACGUCUCUUUUGCCAUAAUCACUUUUGUAUUGUUCCUGUUUAUUCCGGUUAUUAUUAUAAUAGCUUGUUAUACUGCUAUUUCGUACGAUUUACAAAGGAUGGCAAGGAAAGCCAAGAAGCAAUGGGGAUCUAGAGCACAAAUGACCAUCGGUCGCGUAGCGGCGAAGAAAAAAUCAAUUUGGACUGGUGUGAUCAUGUUUGUGGCUAUUUUCCUUGUCUGGAUGCCAUAUGCCAUAAUUUCUCUUCUCUCGAUCAUUGGUACUCCAGCAAAAAUCCCUCCUUUGGCCUUAGCCUUAACAGCUAUGCUUGCCAAGACCUCAACAUUCCUGAAUCCUAUCAUUUGCUUCUUCUGGUAUCAUAAAUUCAGAAAUGGGACCAAGAUGCUGUGUAGAAAUUCAAAUAGGAUGGCAUCCCUGCAAACGGCAUGGGUCACUUCUUGUAAUGAGGAAGUUUUGUGAAAUUAAUUUAAAAAAGAACGCUCAUCCACAUCAUUUACAUGACUUCAGACACGAGAGAUAAAACUGGACCAUGUCCAUUUCAACAGGGGAGGAGCCUCCAAGUACAGCCGCUGGAGAUUCAGUUGUGGGGGGGGGAGGCAGGGGAAACAUGAAGCUCUAUUCAUGUCCAACUCAUUUCGCGUCACGCUUUGUUCACGUGCAAAAGCUUCGCUUAAACGCAGCUACAGAAACGGCUGACUACAAAAGAGAAACAGAAAGGCAGAGAUACAUUAAGUUUUCAGAGAGACAGACAGACAAACGGAGAGAAAAUGACAGUUGCACAGACAGACGGAUAGAAUAAUGCACAACGAGAACUAUGUUUCACAAG